GUGGCUCUUGAUUACCUGAAGGAAUGAGAACCACAGAAGGCAGAUAAGAGCUAUCCCACUCCAUUACCAUCAAGAGCCACAAACGGGCCACACACAAACACGUGACGAACCAGAAACCACCAGUGGAUUAUUCUUGUCCUAGACUUGGAGAUUAGACCUGCAGGAAGGAAGAGGUUGCUUAAAGGGGCCAGGAAGUAGGGACAAGUAGAGUCGACAAGUGCUGGGUUAGUGAGUAUAUGGGGAUGGCAGUGCAAGCCAGGUUUAGGGCAUGCAACCGAAUUCGCAUAGAGGGAAUGAAUGGAGGGCCAUCUCCGGCGGAGGAAUUUGCACCGUUAGCCACCAAGUUCCAGAGGCGCCUUCUUGUGGGUGUUGGAUCAGCUUCACUUGUAGCUCUGGGUGCAAACUUUGGUGGCAUCACCAGUUUUCUUCUCGGUUUGUCGCCACAAAGUGGCCGUAAUCUCAAGCUCGACGUGCUUUAUCCCAUCGCUGGCUACAGCCGUUGCUUUGAAACAAAGGAAGGAUUCGAAUUCCUAUACCCAGCAAAUUGGGUUGGAGAUCAGACGGUGCUGUAUCGAGCUGCUAAGAAAAGAGAGAUGGAACGAUCAUUGGAUCCUCCUCCCCUCAAUGUACGGCGACGUUUUAGCAUCAAUGAACCGGUUGUUGCAUUUGGUCCACCCGGUUCCAAUGGCGAACUCAAUGUUAGUGUCAUUGUUUCAACCGUUGCCCAAGACUUCUCGAUUGAAGCAUUUGGAGGCCCAGAUGAGGUGGGCGAAGCCGUUGUUCGACGCAUAACAGGAUCAGGGCAACGCCCUGAAGUUAAAGGCACAUUGAUAAAAUCAAGUUUGAGGGAAGAUUCCGUUAGAAAUGUCAAAUACUACGAGUUUGAGUUCAGAGUAGAGAGCCCCUCGUUUCGACGACACAAUGUUUCCGUAUGCUGCGCUCGCGGUGGUAGACUUUUUACUUUAAAUGCUCAGGCACCUGAAUCAGCCUGGUCAGAAUUGAAGUCAGAUUUCUACAAAAUUGCUGAUUCAUUUGCACUCACCACAGUGUCUUAAAACGAAUCCUCAAUGUUUAAAGGCCAGACGCCAAAACUGGGGAAAAUAAACUUCCCUCUUGUUUUUUAAUUGCAUGGCAACAGAGACUGACCCCUAAAAUGAACCAAUUUUAGUUUUUUGUGUGAUCUAUGGCCAGAUCUUUUUUUUUUUUGUCCAACCUGUUGCCAGUUCUAAACCCCAAGCAUUUCUUAAUUUAACUACAAGGAUACUACGACGGGCAAGCAGAAGCAAGUUCGUAAAUAUCACUUACAUGUUUCUAUCCAACUUUUUGAAAUAAAAUACAGAUUUGAAUUUUUAUUUUUUUUCAUUAUAUGACUCCCUAACAUGUAACUAUUAUACACAUAAAUGAUUACCUAGGUAUUUGAUCAACUACACUGAAACAUCAACCCAUAAAAUAUUGCUCAAAUACAACUAUUAUAAACAUAACCCCUUUCCUUGAUUCAAUGACCAAACUGAAUGUGAAAAUUCAAGCACAAGUAAUCUGCCUCCGCUUAACCAUCUUCUCAUAAUUCUCAGAAACCAUAGCAGUUAAAUGGGGGUCUCCAUAUCCGAUCUCUGCACCAAGUCUGACAAAACAAGCCGUUUCACUAUUUUAGGUAACAGUAAGGGGAAGUGUUGACGUUGGGACAAUUAUUAUCACAAAAAAAAAUGCCAAGGGAUAGAUAAGAACCAUCAGUCAAGCAAAAUAAUUUGUUUGCCAUUUCUAAGGACAAGGGCAGGCGGUUUGGUGUGUGUGCGGGGGAGAUGCAAUAACAAAAACAAGCGUGAAAAUUUGCUUACUUUGGGUCAAGUACAAGUUUCUGAACUUCUUUGAUUGCUGAACUUGCCGCAUAGAGAGAUAUUUUGCCAAUCUGCAUAAAUGUUGAAGAGAAGUACAACACGUUGUCAAUACAGAAAUUAAAUGAAACAGAAGCAUUUUAAGAGGAGAAAAUAGGGAUAGAAAAGUGGCAACGAUAAAAAGCAAAGGUUAAUUAAAUGCAAUUCUUCUGACCUCCAAUACUUGGAGCUUUGCUUCAUGUUCAUUAGGGAGACAGCGGAUUUCCUCUGCCAAUCUUACAGCCUCCCCCAGGCUUUCCGGAGAUAAGAAAUCAAGGCCCAACUGAACAUUGGACUGAAAUAUAGAGAGUGAUUGUUUUUCAUUAAACAAAAUAAUUUCCAUUUAAAUUCAUCAAAUUCAAUAUUCUACGAUUAUUGUAACAACUGGGUUGUAAUGAAUCUAGGCUCCAACCAAAGUAAAUUAAUAGUUCAGUCCAAAAAGAAAUGAAAUAAAUCUAACUAAAGAAGCUUACAAAAAAAAAAUAUAAUCCUUUUAGUUAAGAGAGUUCAGGCCUCAGAAAAUUUAGAAUAAAUUACUUUGACCUUCAUAAAAGCUUUUGCCUUUAUAACAUCUAAUUGGUGUUAUGUCCAUAUCAAGAGGCUAGGUAAGUGUAAUCUGGGAAAAAGUUGGGAACAUCAGCGUGAUUACUCUAAGAAACAUUCCAUCUUUUGACAAAACAAACCCUUGAACUGGUACCUAAACACACAGCAUUGUAAUAGAAGCCCAAGCUCUUAACCUGUGAUUGUGAAGUUCUUCCAACUAAUGGGUCCGGGGUAUUAUUAACUUUGGGAAAGAGAUCCCACCCAAAAAAACAAUUUUUGAUGUUAACGGAGGAGUCAAACUCAAUAAAUAUAGUUGAUAGAUUAAGAAUAAAAAACAGUGAACAAAUAACGAGAUGAAAAUUUCAGCCUUUGUAUGGUCAAGCAACAGAUAAAAAACUAUAUAGGUCACACCAAUUUACUAUAUGGAGUGAAGUCACAAGGAAAGAACUCACCUGAACAUUCCUUGCUUGGAAAGGGCAACCAGCAGGAACAAAUAUAGCUUCCCCCAAAUUCUGUUCAAAUGACCAAGGCUCCACUCCUAUUCAGGCAGGUACUAAUCACAUUAAAAGGGAAGAUAAAUAAAAUUAAUUAUUUUCAGAAAUCUCUAGGGUUGCACAAAAUUUAGCACAUCAGUACUAAGUUUUCUAUGAUAAACAGUACAAAUGAGAAAAUUGCUCUCAGAUACUAAAAUUAGGUCUCCUUAUUGUUUCUCCUAUGCCAGCAAAUUAAUUUCGAUGAUUUUUUACUUACCAAAUUCUUCCUUCAACUUGAUUUUGUGGUGUUUGUCAAGAAAAAUAGCUCCCUCAUAAAGAGGCGAUGCAACCUUGAAUCCAAAGAUUACCAU